AGUGACGACAGAAGCGGUGGGCGGUGACUCAAAAUGGCGGCGAUGGUGCUGGCGGCGACGCGGCUGCUGCGAGGCUCGGGCUCCUGGGGCCGCUCGCGGCUGAGGUUUGGAGCCCCUGCAUACAGGCAGUUCAGUAGUGGCGGUGCCUAUCCCAGCGUCCCCCUCUCUUCCCCCUUGCCCGGAGUACCCAAGCCUGUUUUUGCUACAGUUGAUGGACAAGAAAAGUUUGAAACCAAAGUCACCACACUGGAGAAUGGGCUUCGUGUGGCGUCCCAAAAUAAGUUUGGACAGUUUUGUACAGUAGGAAUUCUUAUUAACUCUGGAUCAAGAUAUGAAGCAAAAUAUCUCAGUGGAAUUGCUCACUUUUUGGAAAAAUUGGCAUUUUCGUCUACUGAUCGAUUUGACAGCAAAGAUGAAAUUCUGCUUACCUUGGAGAAGCACGGGGGUAUCUGUGACUGCCAGACAUCAAGAGACACCACCAUGUAUGCUGUAUCUGCUGAUUCUAAAGGCCUGGACACGGUGGUCGGCUUGCUGGCAGACGUGGUCCUGCACCCCAGGCUGACAGAUGAAGAAAUCGAGCUGACGCGUAUGGCUGUCCGGUUUGAGCUGGAGGACCUCAGCAUGCGGCCCGACCCAGAGCCCCUUCUCACCGAGAUGAUUCACGAGGCCGCUUACCGGGAAAACACAGUUGGCCUCCACCGUUUCUGCCCCACGGAGAACAUAGCAAAGAUUGAUCGAUCGGUGCUUCAUUCCUACCUGAGAAACCACUACACCCCUGACCGCAUGGUGCUGGCCGGGGUGGGGGUGGAGCACGGACACCUGGUGGAAUGUGCCAGAAAAUACCUCCUGGGCGCCCGCCCUGCCUGGGGCAGUGGGGCGGCCGCGCGCGCGGACGGAUCGGUGGCACAGUACACCGGGGGCCUCGUCAAGCUGGAAAGGGACAUGUCCAGUGUCAGCCUGGGCCCCACCCCGUUCCCCGAGCUCACUCACAUCAUGAUUGGCCUGGAGAGCUGUUCCUUCCUGGAGGGGGACUUCCUCCCUUUCGCGGUGCUGAACAUGAUGAUGGGCGGCGGCGGCGCCUUCUCGGCCGGCGGGCCUGGCAAGGGCAUGUUCACCAGGCUCUACCUCAACGUGCUCAACAGGCACCACUGGAUGUACAACGCGACCUCCUACCACCACAGCUACGAGGACACGGGCCUCCUGUGCAUUCACGCCAGCGCCGACCCCAGACAGGUUCGAGAAAUGGUGGAAAUCAUCACAAGAGAGUUUGUUUUAAUGGCUGGAACUGUGGAUGUGGUGGAGCUGGAACGGGCCAAGACGCAGCUCAUGUCCAUGCUCAUGAUGAACCUGGAGGCCAGGCCCGUCAUCUUCGAGGACGUGGGGAGGCAGGUGCUGGCCACCCGCUCCAGGAAGCUGCCCCACGAGCUGUGCGCACUCAUCCCGCCGAGGCUUUGGUUUUCCCCUCCCUGCAGACUCGCCACGCGACGUGAAGCCAGAGGACGUCAAGAGAGUCGCUUCUGCGAUGCUCCGCAGGAAGCCCGCCGUGGCCGCCCUGGGGGACCUGAGCGACCUGCCGGCGUAUGAGCACGUCCAGGCGGCGCUGGCGCAUAAGGACGGGCGCCUGCCCAGGACGUACCGGCUCUUCCGGUAGAGGCGCCGCGGCAGCACCGUCCACGUGCGUUUCCUUGGGGUGACUUUAGGGCAGACGUUCACAGACGGUGCAGGCUGGGGGACUUCUCCUAAACGUGAAUUCCUUCAGAACUGGACGUGCCAAUCCAUCAGUGGAAUAAAGAUUGCUCUCCACCACUGCGGCUGGAAACCAGGGGAAGCGCAGGGAGGUUGGAGCAGCCGGCUGGGGUCAAGCCGGGCUAGUCUUGCUGCUCCCGCAAGAGUUUCGGCAGGUGGGGGGACCGCGCGGUUCCCCGAGGCCGGCGGUCGUUGAGCGGGCGAGGCCUGACCUCUCCUCUGAGGCCCCCGGGCCCGUCAGCCCGCCUGCAUCCGGGAGGCCGGGGCCAGCCGUGCCGGCACCUUGAGGGUCCCGGGGCGAUGCACCAUCCAGCUUGACCGGUGAGGGGUAGCCUCUUGCCCUCAACAGUAAGGCCCUGAUUUCAGAGGUGGGGAGCUCGGGGCCGGGGAGGCGGGCUUGAAAGGCGGGAGGACUGAGGCCGCGUGCGGGGCCCUGCAGGGUCGGGGGGCUUUGGUGACAGGGCCCUGCGGGGCCUGGGCACCUGCACUGGCUGCCGUGGGUCCUUCUGACGCUGCCGUGGCUCGGAGGGCGGCUUCCUGGUCGCCAGCGGGUCGCACGGAACCGGGCCCCACAGCUCUGUGGAGAAGAGUCGUCUACAGGGCAUAUUUUUUGAAACGCUAAGAAGUGCAGCCCCUGCUGUCCAGCUGGGAGAGAGAGGGGUGAUCUGAGGCCGUCAAAUAAACGUUUCAGCGUCACCUCUGUCACGUCCGUUCAUCUUGCCGGGGCCUGGCGUCCCUUUAUUUCCAUCCCUUUACUGCACACCUCCCCUGGCCCAGGUGGGAGGUGUCUGGGCCCCUGCCGUCCUUCGCCUGCUCCGCUCCAGUCCGCUGGGUGGGAAACCGCAGGCUCAUGGCAGGCGGGCCAACAGCGCGGAUUCCAGUUGUCAGGAACGCCCUGUGGUUACCGGGCUGGCUGGGAGGGAGCGCGGGAGCGCGAGGCGUCCUGGGAGCUGCUCCCAGCCGGGCCCAGGUGCUUCUUGAGGGAGCUGGCGCUCACCUGAGCUUUCUAUCCCCUGGACACCCACCCCUCCCUCUCUCCUCCCCCUUUACCACCCACCGCCCCGUUCACUUGGGGGCCUUCCCUUCACCCUUUCGGCCCCCGCCCACCCUACGCGCUGUCCGUGCUGUUCCCAGAGCCCCGCGUGCGCCUUCGUUGGCGCCCACGCCCAGUCUGGCCCUUGGGGACUGGCUGGCCUGUGGCAGGACUCAGCGCGUUGGAGAGAACGAGAGACAGAUUUUAAAAACCACCCUCACACUCGGUCGUAUUUCGCAAUUCUUUAUGAAGCUUAUUUUCCAGACCCUGGUCGAUUUCAUUUGUGUUGAUUUGAAUCUCAACCUAACCGUCCAAGUGAAAGCCCAUUCAUCCGAAGUCUAUAACGGCUCAUACUAAGUAAACUGCUUCACUUUGGACCCAUGAGAUGUACACAACGACACCCCCCCCCCCCCCC